AUGCAGCAACCAAAGAAUUUUGACGCCCUGAUCAUCGGCGGCGGGCCUGCGGGGUUGGCGGCUGCCAUGUCUAUGGGAAGAGCCUGUCGGAAAGUUGCCCUCUUCGACUCUCAGGAAUACCGAAACGAGAGGGCGCCCAUGAUGCAUAACGUUUUGUGUCACGAUGGAGAAAAGGCAGACCUGUACCGGGCCCGAGCACUAGAAGAGCUUAUGGACAAAUAUGAUUGUAUCACAUUAUGUGAUCAGGAAAUCGCCAGUGCCCGUCACUUCGGCGAAGGGUCUCAGCAAUUCUUUCAGCUUACGGAUGCUAAGGGCCAUGUGUGGACAGGGUUGAAGCUAAUACUUGCAACGGGCACGAAGGACAACCUUCCGAGCAUUAAAGGCUACAAGGCACUCUGGGGAAAUGGAAUUGUCCAUUGUCUGUUUUGUGAUGGAUUCGAACGUCGUGGGGGGCAUAUCGGUGUUCUCGGGCUACAAUCUUUAAAAGACCUCGGUCCCCUGUUGAUGGCAUUCCGUCUGUCUGGAGGUAGAAUCACAGUCUUCACCAAUGGAGAGGCUCCGAACGGGGGAGACGCGCAGAGGGCGCACGACCUGGCAGCUGCCCGGGGAGCCCAAUUCGACCACCGUGUCCUCGAAUCAGUUUCUGAAAAUCCGGCCGUAGUAGGAGUUGAGAUGCAUUUUCUCGAAGGUCCAAUGACACAUGUGAGGAUGUUGUUACACUCACCACCGAGCACCAAUCGUGCCAGCAAACUAAUCAAAAGCCUUGGCAUUGAGACACAUAGCGGGCCCGAUGGGCAUAUAGUGACGAAGACCUCCUUCUAUGAGACGAGCCUCCGUGGGUGCUUUGCCGCAGGGGACACGGCUUCAGGGGCUAAAGUAAUCUCAGUGGCAACAGCAACAGCAGCGGCUGAUGCAGAUUGCCCAGGAACCUUAGCAGGAAUCGGAGCAGCGAAACAAUUAGCCUUUGAUGAAGCCAUUAAAGCUUUUGAUGAGCUGUUCGCAGGCCAGGUGAAAGGAGUCUUGUAG